AUGAAUCAUAAGCAACAUGUCGAAACCAUUAUGAUUAAGCAAACAGACCAAUCUCGUAUUAAUUAUCGCAUUCUAUUAACUGCCGCACUUGAUUGUACUAGAUAUUUAUUGCGACAAGGUCUUCCUUUUCGUGACCAUGAUGAAAGUGAAACAUCUAGCAAUAAGAGUAAUUAUGUGGAGCUUUUGCAAUUUCUUGUCGAUCAUGAUGAGAAAGUUUGUGCCGAUGUGUUUGAGAACGCUCUAGGGAAUCUCAAGUAUAUUGCUCCUAAAAUUAAAAAAGAUCUUGUCAACUCUUGUGCCGUUGAAACAAUUGAUGCAACUAUUAGUGAUAUGGACAAUGCAUUCUUUUCUAUAUUGGUAGAUGAAUCACGUAAUGUUUCAAUAAGAGAGCAAAUGGCGGUGGUGUUGCGUUAUGUGAACAAAAAAGGACAAGUAAUUGAAAGGUUUGUAGGUGUCCAAUAUGUCUCUGAUACGACUAGUUGCAAAUUGAAAGAGGAAAUUGAGCAGUUGAUUUCUUCAACAAAUUUGAGCAUGUCUAGGCUACGAGGACAAUGGUAUGAUGACGCUAGUAAUAUGAAAGGUGAGCUCAAUGGUCUUAAAACACAGAUUUUAAGAGAAUAUCCUCAAGCAUUUUAUGUCCACUGUUUUGCACACCAACUACAACUAGCUCUUGUAGCCGUAGCAAAGGGAAAUGAAAACAUUGUUACUUUCUUCACAACGGCUAGUAAUGUCGUUAAUAUUAUUGGAGCAUUGUGUAAGCAUUGUGAGGCACUUAGAGAGCAACAACAACAAAAUACAAUGAAAGUUCUUGAAAUUGAUGAUCUUGAAACGAGGCGAGAGGUAAAUCAAGAGACUACUCUCAAACGUCCUUGUGAUACACGUUGGAACUCACAUUAUGAUACUUUACUAAGUAUUAAAUAUGCCAACACAUUGUAUAAAUUGCAAGUGCACCAUUAUUAG